GUGAGAGAAGGAUGUGGCUGGGACAGAUAACCACAUUCUGCAGUCUGUACUUCCUUCUUUUCCUGUGCCCAAAGCAGCAGCAGCAUCACCACCAUAGCCACCUGCUCCAUCUUCAGUCAGCUAGAAGCAGAAGUGCCCCCUAUGGAGACCCUGUCUAGCUCUUCUUUGUAUCCAGGAAUUAAUCAAUACAGGCCAGCUCCACCGGGGCUUUCCGCUGGCAACAUUGUGGUGGUUGUCUCGCCAAGCAAUGCUGAGGCAGAACAGAAGAAAUUCCCGAGAAAAAAUGAAGCUCUGGGGGCUAUGCAGAUUGUUAUCGCUAUGAUACAUAUUGCUCUUGGAGGCAUUUUAUUCUUUUCAUCAGAAGAAUUUGUCCCCUUGAUCAUGACUGUCUGGUAUCCCUUCUGGGGAGGUGGGCUUUUCUUCAUUUCAGGAAACCUUGCAUCGACAGCCGCAACAAAACCAGUUGAGGGUCUGGCAACAGCCAGCCACAUCUUUAACAUCCUUAGUGGCCUUGGUGCAAUCGCUGGAAUGUGUCUUUUGGGGAUUGAUUUGAUAAACAUUUUCUAUUUACAUCAUCAUCCAGUUUUCAAUCCACUUUUGAACAGAAUUGGCUUUUUAUCCAAAUAUAUUGUUGCUUUAUCUUGUGAAGGAAUUCCUAACUUUGCAAAUUAUUGCAAGACCAUCAAGACAUAUGAAAUGGGGAUUGUGUUUGUUAUGCUGAUCUUCUCUCUCCUUGAGGCUGUGACUGCUUUUUCAACUCUCCAGUCGAAUAAAAAGCACAAAUCGCACGCAGACAAUGAAGAACAAAAUGUCGCAUUGAUGUCACUUCCACAGUCAAGCCGUGAAGAUGGAUUUAAUGUCCCACCACCACAGUAUGCUGUCCCAGAAGCAAACAGAUAUUCACAACUUCCUGGAAGCAACCCUGGAAGCACAUUUACAGACUGACCAUCCAAUGUUGCCACUUCUGUGUCAUGUGUUGGAUAAAAUAUCCAUCGUUCCCAUUCUUUUUUGCUGUGUUGAUGAUUAUAAAGUUUCAAGAA